UGGGCUCCAGUACCUCAUCUUACCCAGUUUUACAGCAUCGCACACUCGUAUUCUCGCUUGCAAGGAUGCGAGUUCUUGAGUUGUUCCUUCUGGUGCCUCUGCUCGUGGCCAGUGCCUUCAAGUCUGGCUGCAGCGGUGAUGGAUGCCCUGCAGUGCCACACCUGGUGCUGUUGCAACGCCAGGUGGAUGGAAAGGUUCUAAAGGAGGGAUCCGCCGAAGUCGAGGCCACGUCCAAGGAGAAGAAUGACUCGGAAACGUAUGGUGGAGAUACUGGUGGCGACGGCAAUGUGGUGGAUCACGAGUCCAGCGACGAUGAGGCCCAGGGCCGCGUGGAAAGUCUGUUGGACCAUGGAAUCUUUGAGCGUCGCCGUCGCAGCCGCCGGCGUCGACAGAUCAACACCUUGAAUAAGAAGUGCUGGUACCAAAUGUGGGAGAAUUCAAACUAUGGGGGUGGCUGGUUGAACUAUGAGAUCGGCAACAAUGGUUGCGACGACCUCACGACCUACAACUCGGGGUCUUGGAAUAAGAAACUGAGUUCAGGUCUGGCUGGUGCGUCUCCGGGUUGCAAGAUCUCCGCCUACCAGUCCGGUGGUUGCAGUGGCACGGCCUAUGUCCUGGCGGAUGCCACGUCCUCCAGUAGCAAUGCCUAUACCAAGAACUGGAACUACCUCAGUGAUAUCGACAUGGGUGACAAGAUCAGCAGCUUUCGUUGCACCUGUACCUGAUGUGGCACGUGCAUUGUUGCAGCUGCCCCUGCUGAAGCUUCACGGGCGUCGUGUUUAGAUAGUCGAUAGCCCCUACAGCUCUCGGACGCUGUGAUGCUCAUUGACAGAGCAUAAAGGCCGCCGAAAAUGACCUUCAAGCGGCUGCAUGUUUGAACCCUUUUGUUUGGAGUACUGAUCAACCACUUCAUGUGGCAACAAGAUGCCAGGAACAUCCCGUGACUAAGUUAGAGGGUUGAAUGAAAACUAUGCAGUACCCGAGUUAUACCCUUACAUAGCUAUGGAAAAAUGAGC